UGAGUUUGACGUCUAGAUCUGUCACACACGGGGCAUCGCAUGUUUACGUCCCAAAGGGAUCAAAACAAAGCAAAUGCCUUCUCGAAGGUACGGCCAACGUUGAUCGUUCCGGCCGGAAUACCGUUCGGAAUCGCCCCGCCACUGAUGCCCGUAAUCGUUGAUCUCCGCCGGAAUGCCAUCGAUGCAUCAGCCUCCGCUAGGGUGAGAUGGCCGCAGGGGUGACUUCCGGGGAUCUAAGCCGACGCUUAUUUCACGGCCAUAUAACAAUCACCGCCACCAUAAUAACCGACGCCGGGAAGACCACCGGUUGUGGGCCGAGGUGCAUCAUUACCGUAUUUAUCGGGAACAUCAGCAAUAAGGCUCUCGAUCCGAUGACCUAGGAGAUCUUGGCGUCUUGAAGGACCUUGAUCAACCGGAAGCACGUGUCCAAGUUCAAGAACGCCAAGAACAAGACCCUGCAUGACGACCAUAAAUAAUCGGACAGGAAACGCAAAGUUCGGUGACGACAAAGCGUUGGACUUGAUUGCGCGAAUUCUAGAUGAGUAUCGGAAUGAAUCAGCUUUUUUCCGGGGGAAUUGGGGGCCGGGAUUCCUUCCGGGGAUCUGGAUCGGCGGUCGGUUCGCGGCCACUGAUCUACAACAACAACAACAAAAUCACCGUCACCGAUGGUGCCGGUGUUGUCCGGCUGCCGCACGACAAGUAAAUCGACGGCAAGAAGCUGGUCGCGAAGGUGGAUGCCAAGACGAGGUCCUGCUCGAUGACCACAAGGAGGAGGAUCAAUUGGUGCCUCAGACGGACCGGAAACGAAAUGUUCGGUGACGACGAAGUGUUGGACUUGAUUUCGCGCAUUCUAGACGACCUGCGGGUUGCGGCGACGGCGGCAGUGGCAGAGGACGUGGUAAAUCCUGAAAAAUGAAACGGAACCUACAGACACAGGAGGAAGCACAAAAGUUUCGAGACGCACGCGCUCCUGCAAGGUGUUGCCCAAGGCGAAUUCUAAGAUCAUUCUCCAGCCCCACCCCCAUCGUAGUCAUCUUUUAUUAUAGAAUUGUAAAAAACAUAAGUCAUACAAAAAAAAAAUAAAGAAAAAA